AUGAAGGUCACCGGAAAGCCGUAUCCGACGGCGACAUUACCGGCCUCGGAGUCGGAGGCGAAUCUGUUCACUAACGGUCCAGAUCUCAGGGCUAUACAAAGAGCUACCACAGUCACUAAACGUAGAGCACGGAACCCGAGUUUGACUCGUCAGCGAAGAUCCGGCGCUCCUGGCGGGAGGAGAAGCCGGCCGGAGACUCCUCUUCUGAAAUGGAAGGUCGAGGAUCGGAAUAAGGAUAGAAGCGGCGUCGCAGAGGACGAUGAUUACGAGGAUGCUGGAUGUAAUAACCAGGUUGAGAGAGAGACUCCGCGCCGCAAGGAUCGGAGGAAACCAUCGCGACCUGUCUCUGUUAGGAAACUUGCCGCCGGGCUAUGGAGGUUGCAAGUUCCGGACGCAGCUUCCAGCGGCGGAGAGAGAAAGGGGAAAGAGGGGUUAGGGUUUCAGGGAGGUGCUGGUUACAUGGGUGUUCCAUUUCUGUAUCACCACAGUGACAAACCUGCUGGCGGUCAAAGCAAUAAGACAAGGCAGAACCCUAGCACUAUUGCUACUACAAAGAAUGGAUUUUUGUGUAAGAUUGAGCCUUCAAUGCCAUUUCCCCACUCUGCGAUGGAGGGAGCGACAAAAUGGGAUCCUGUCUGCAUGGAUACAAUGGAUGAAGUACACCAGAUUUAUAGCAACAUGAAGCGUAUUGAUGAAAAAGUGAAUGCUGUGUCAUUGGUUUCUUCCCUUGAAGCAGAGCUGGAGGAAGCACAUGCUCGCAUUGAAGAGCUGGAGAGUGAGAAGCGAUCUCACAAGAAGAAGCUGGAGCAGUUCUUGAGGAAAGUUAGUGAAGAGAGGGCUGCUUGGCGGAGCAGAGAGCAUGAGAAGGUCCGAGCAAUCAUUGAUGACAUGAAAGCUGAUAUGAACAGGGAGAAGAAAACCCGUCAGAGAUUAGAAAUCGUCAACCAUAAAUUAGUCAACGAGCUUGCAGAUUCGAAGUUGGCCGUGAAGCGUUACAUGCAGGACUUUGAAAAGGAAAGGAAGGCAAGAGAAUUGAUCGAGGAGGUUUGCGAUGAACUUGCCAAGGAAAUAGGAGAAGACAAAGCUGAGAUUGAAGCAAUGAAGAGAGACUCCAUGAGCCUCAGGGAAGAAGUAGACGAUGAAAGAAGAAUGCUGCAGAUGGCUGAGGUCUGGCGUGAGGAACGUGUUCAGAUGAAGCUUAUUGACGCCAAAGUAGCACUAGAGGAAAGGUACUCACAAAUGAACAAGCUUUUAGCAGAUUUGGAAUCUUUUCUUAGGUCAAGAGAUAUCGUCACAGAUGUCAAAGAAGUGAGAGAAGCAGAGUUGUUAAGAGAGAGCGCUGCAUCAGUUAACAUCCAAGAAAUCAAGGAAUUUACAUACGAGCCUGCGAAUCCGGAUGAUAUCUUCUCGGUGUUCGAAGAAAUGAAUCUCGGUGAAGGACACGAUAGAGAAAUGGAGAAAUCUGUUGCCUACAGUCCAAUCAGCCACGGUUCUAAACUUCACACCGUGACUCCAGACGUGAAUCUGAACAACAAGAAAGGGAGACAUUCAGAUGCUUACACUCACCAGAACGGAGACAUCGAAGAAGACGACAGCGGUUGGGAAACAGUGAGCCACCUCGAAGAACAAGGAUCUAGUUACUCACCAGAUGGAAGCAUUCCUUCUGUGAACAACAACAAUCACCACCAACGAGACAGCAACGCCUCGAGUGGUGGUACAGAGUUCUUAGGCAAAGGCUGGGAAGAGACGAUGACUCCAACUACAGAGAUAAGCGAAGUGUGUUCGGUUCCAAGACGGUCAUCGAAAAAGGUUUCAUCAAUAGCAAAGCUAUGGAGAUCAUCAGGUGCCACAAACAAUAAUGGGGAUAGAGACAACAGCUUCAAAGUAAUAUCAAUGGAAGGAGGAAGGGUUUCAAACGGAAGGAAAUCAAGCGUGGGGAUGGUUUCGCCGGAGAGAGGCUCGAGCAAAGGCGGUUUCAGCCCGAUGAUGGAUUUGGUCGGACAAUGGAGCUCGUCGCCGGAUUCGGCGAAUCACUCUCACGUGAACAGAGGAGGAAUGAAAGGAUGCAUAGAAUGGCCUAGAGGUGCACAGAAGCAUAGCUUGAAGGCGAAACUCAUCGAAGCAAGAAUCGAAAGCCAAAAAGUUCAGUUGAAGCAUGUCCUGAAGCAGAAGAUUUAG